CGCGGGACUGGGCCAGCCGGGGAUAAGGGACUCCGCUCCAGGGAACAUGAGAGUCCACUGCAAGGGUGUCUUGCUGCAAAAAGUUAUCUGCAGCGGCCGAGGCGGCUGGGGCUCGAAGGCGGGCUUCAGGCACGUCCAGGCACUCGCUGAGCUGCGUUUUCUGAGCUGGGGAAGGAGCCCGCCGCGACCCCGACUCCUUAAAGUAGCCGCCACUUUCUCUUCACGGGCAGCCGCCCCUGGAGGCGACUAUGAGGCGGUUUUCAGGGCGUCAGUGGAGGAGCCUGAGAGACUGUGGGCAGAAGCGGCUAAGGGCAUCGAGUGGCACAAGCCCUGGGCUAAAACCCUGGAGAGGCGAGGUCCCUUUAGCACCUCCUGGUUUGUUGGGGGAGAGCUGAAUAUUUGUUAUAAUGCUAUAGAUCGUCAUGUUGAGAAUGGACAAGGGGAUCACAUUGCUAUCAUCCAUGACAGUCCUGUAACAAAUACCAAAGUGUUUAUAACUUACAAAGAAGUUCUUGAACAGGUCUCCAAGUUAGCUGGUGUUAUGGUGAACCAUGGUGUGAAGAAGGGGGACUGUGUCGUCAUCUACAUGCCUAUGAUUCCACAGACGAUGUACACUAUGCUGGCAUGUGCAAGAAUAGGAGCUAUACAUAGUCUUAUUUUUGGUGGAUUUGCUUCAAAAGAGCUUUCUAGUCGCAUUGAUCAUGCCAAGCCAAAACUGGUUGUAACAUCAACUUUUGGAAUAGAACCUGGAAGAAAAGUGGAAUAUGUACCCCUUUUAGAAAAAGCGUUGGAGAUGAUAAAGCACCAACCUAAGAAAGUUCUGAUUUAUCACCGCCUUAACAUGGGAACUGUCCCUCUUAAACCAGGACGUGAUCUAGACUGGCAUGAAGAAAUGGCAAAAGCAAAGCCAUGUGACUGUGUCCCUGUCCUUUCAGACCAUCCACUUUAUAUUCUUUAUACAUCAGGAACAACUGGUACACCCAAGGGUGUUGUUAGACCAACAGGUGGCUAUGCAGUUAUGCUAAACUGGACCAUGUCAGCGAUAUAUGGCCUUAAACCUAAAGAGGUCUGGUGGGCAGCAUCUGAUUUAGGCUGGGUGGUUGGCCAUUCCUAUAUUUGUUAUGGACCUCUCCUGCAUGGGAAUACAACUAUUUUAUAUGAGGGGAAACCUGUGGGAACUCCAGAUGCGGGGGCCUUUUUCCGUGUGCUGGCAGAGCAUGGAGUAGCUGCCUUUUUUACUGCACCAACUGCAAUUAGAGCAAUCCGUCAACAGGACCCUGAGGCUACCUUGGGGAAGCAGUACAAUCUGACAAGGUUCCGAACAUUGUUUGUGGCUGGUGAACGCUGUGAUGUGGAUACGUUGGAAUGGUGCAAAAAAAUCUUCAAGGUACCAGUUUUGGAUCAUUGGUGGCAAACUGAAACAGGAUCUCCAAUAACAGCUUCCUGCGUUGGCUUGGGAAACUCUUUAACACCUCCUCCAGGACAGACAGGAAAAUUGGUGCCAGGAUACAAUGUGAUGAUUCUGGAUGACAACAAGCAACCCGUAAAAGCGAAGACUUUAGGAAAUAUUGUGGUGAAGUUGCCUUUGCCUCCAGGAGCGUUUUUAGGUCUUUGGAAAAAUGAGGAGCUGUACGAGGAAUUAUAUUUUCAAAAAUAUCCAGGAUCUUAUGAUACUAUGGAUGCAGGUUACAUGGAUGAAGAUGGCUAUUUGUAUGUCAUGUCUCGGGUGGAUGAUGUGAUCAAUGUUGCAGGUCAUAGGAUUUCAGCAGGUGCAAUUGAGGAGGCUGUUCUCUCCCAUACUGCUGUAGCAGAUUGUGCCGUUGUGGGCCAGGAGGAUUCCUUAAAGGGCCAUAUUCCAUUAGCAUUGUGUGUCCUGAGAAAUGGAGUGGAUAUUGAAGAGGAAAAGAUUGUGGAAGAGAUUGUCAAGAGGGUUAGAGAAAAUAUUGGCCCUGUGGCAGCAUUCCGGAAAGCAGUAUUUGUCAAACAGAUACCAAAGACUCGUUCUGGCAAGAUACCACGGUCUACUCUUUCUUCCCUGGUGAACAGCAAGCCUUACAAGAUAAGUCCAACCAUUGAAGACCCUGCUGUGUUCAAACAUGUAGAAGAAGUGCUGAAGAUGAAGUUAAAGUGACUGUUAAAAGCUAUGAAAAUAUGAGUAAUACCUGGAAUACUUACUGCAUUUAGUUAUGCCAGGAAUAUUGUGUAGGUCUAAUAACUUGGGACUGAUUUUAUUUCUGCAAAAGUCUGUCCCCGAGACUUAAACUACAGUGGCAAGUAAAUAAUAUUGGAGUGCUGGUAUAAUUUGUUUAUGAUGAAUAUUCAGAUGGUUUUGAGGCUUACAUAGCUAUUAAAAUCGUGUAAACAGAACGGCGUAUAUGCCAUUUACAUGCUGAUCCAAACUUAUCUUUAAAUAUAAAGCAGAAGAUGUUCUACACCUUGCCAAAAUUAAACACUUCGAAGUUAUGUCAAUCUCAUUGUGAAACUUCAUCCAUGUGCUUAAAUAAAUGGUCAUGUGUCACUCAGA